AUGCGUCUUCUUCAGUCCCUGACGAACAUUGCCGCCCUUGCGGGCUUGGCCCAGAGCGCGUCCCUGCAGCAGGUCAGCAACUUUGGCGACAACCCGACGGGCCUGCAAAUGUACGCCUAUGUCCCGGACAAGCUUGCCGCUUCCCCAGCGGUGAUUGUUGCUCUGCACCCUUGCGGUGGCUCUGCCCAAGGGUGGUAUUCUGGUACCAAGCUCCCUUCAUACGCCGAUCAGCUGGGCUUCAUCCUCAUUUACGCCGGCACGACCAAGAUGAGCAACUGCUGGGACGUGCAAAACCCCGCCAGCCUGACGCACAACGGCGGCGGCGACGCGGGCGGCAUCGUCAGCAUGGUCAAGUACACGCUGGACAAGUACAAGGGCGACGCGUCCAAGGUGUACGUCAUGGGCGGCUCGUCGGGCGCCAUGAUGACCAACGUGAUGGCGGGCUCGUACCCGGACAUCUUCGAAGCGGGCGCGGCCUUCUCGGGCGUCGCGCACGCCUGCUUCCUGGGCGCCCCCUCGGCGACCCCCUUCUCGCCCAACCAGACCUGCGCGCAGGGCCAGAUCCAGCGCUCGGCGGCCGAAUGGGGCAACCUCGUGCGCAACUCGUACCCGGGCUACACGGGCCGCCGCACGCGCAUGCAGAUCUUCCACGGCAACGCCGACACCCUCGUCCGCCCGGAGUGCGCCCACCAGGCGCUCACCCAGUGGGCCAACGUGUUGGGUCUCUCGCUGACCAAGACCAACUCGGGCGUCCCCUCGGCUCAGUACACCCAGGAGGUUUAUGGUGAUGGCACCCAGCUGCAAGGCUUCUUUGGUCAGGGCGUGGGCCAUAUCGCGCCGGUUAACGAGCCCGUCAUGCUCAAGUUCUUUGGCUUGAUGACCUGA